UUCACUCAACAGAAUGACUCGUGUGCUGAGAAGACUGUUGCACGUAGAGACGGCUCAUUUCAAUUGGGACAGCAGACGAUUGAUGAGCUCAUGGCCAUCUGUAAAGAUCGAGUACGCACCAUUCAUCGUCAUGUAGAGUAUUCGCUCUUCCCAUUCGCAGGAGAGUGUCCGACAUGUCAAAAGUACAGUAUGGUUAAGCCUAAGAAGUGGGUGAGUGGCUUUCUCAAUGGCAUGUUCAUGCAGCUGUACGACUGGGACAAGGCAUCGCCUAACCCACUCAUGGCCGACGAGUGGAUGGAGCGCUUCAUCAAACGGAUUGACUAUUUGGAGAAGGAAGUACACGACACCUCCACCCACGACAUUGGGUUUAAGGUCUUCUAUUCAUUUGGCCAUGCCUACAGAUCCACAGGGUGGAAGAAGUAUCUCACGCCCACACUCACAGCCGCUCACUCACUCGCCACGCGAUACAUCAAACGCAUCGGCGCACUCAAGAGUUGGGACACGCAGAAGUUCUCCGAACCAGCACGCUCCAUGAAAUGGCCUGUCAUUGUGGACAACAUGAUGAAUCUGGAACUGCUACUUUGGGCGGGGCAGAAGGAAGCAAACGCCACCCUCACGCAAAUGGCAAUACAGCAUAGCCUGACAAGCCUGCGUGAUCUGAUCAGAGACGACGGGUGCACAUGGCACGUGGUCGACUAUGACGUGCACACAGCACAGCCCAAACGCUAUGUCAGUAUCCCUCAGGGCUACAACGCCACUUCCAUCUGGACUCGUGGGUGUGGAUUUGCUAUUCAUGGAUUUAGUACUGUGUACAAGUGGACCAAGGAUCAAAGAUUCUUAGAUGCGGCACAGACUGUGAGCGAGUGCUUCCUUGCACAGUUGUUCGCGUGCUGUGGCGACGAUUUGGUGCCACCGUUUGACUUCCACGACCCACUCCAACGACGCGACUCAUCAGCCGCUGCCAUCUCUGCGGCUGCGCUGGCUAACAACUACAUCUCCAAGAAGGGAAAAACAGACGCGAUCCUGCUGCACGGCAUGGGUGACUUUGGAAAGCGAGACGAGGAUGUGCCGUUGAUCUAUGGCGACUACUUCUUCAUCCAGGCCCUCAGUCGCCUGUCUGCCAACGCAUUGAAGAACACGCUUGGUUCAAAGUAUUCAAGGGCAACUCCAGCAAGUGGCCAGGAACAGCACCGGUCAGAGGGGCAGAUGGUUGUCUAUGGCUACACAGUUGAUCAGAUGUACAUUGCAUUUGGGUUGUUGGUGUUGCUGUACGUCUCCAGACGUCCCUUACAACGCGCUGCUAAGUUCAAACGCUGGCGCUGA